UUGAGCGUUAACACUAGUGUGAACCAUGCAGGUACGUGGUCCUUAAUUAACUGUCCUGGCCGACGUUGGUAAUCUCACCAACCAGGAAAAGUGGGAGCUGAUAGACAAGCGAAAACGUGAGCACCACCUAUAACGGCAGCAUUAACCCAGCUAGUGUCUGCUGUCAAAAUGCUGUCCGAAGGAGGUUCUUUCAUGAAGGGGAUGGUCAUGGGAGGCCUCUUCUGCUUGGUGCUGUCACUCCUGGGUAGUUUCAGCCCCAGCUCAGAGUCCAGGACAGAGGACCAUCAUCAUCAUCACGUCAAGGCACCAAGUAAAGAUGAGCUGACACGCCUCUCCGACAGUAGGGUGCAGGAGUUGAGCAAUCAAGUCCGGGUCUCUUGCAUCAUCAUGGUCCAGCCCAAGAUCCUUGUUUAUUGGGCCACUGUUGUUGACACCUGGAGCAAACACUGUGAUAAGGCUGUGUUUUACACCUCUGAGUCCUCCAAGGCGCUCGAGGCAAUAGACCUGAAUGAAAAAGAUGACUGGGCGAGGUUACGUAAAGCUCUGAAGCAUGCUUAUGAGAACGCUGGAGACCUGCGCUGGUUCUUUGUGGCACAACCUACUACAUUUGCCAUCAUCGAGAACCUCAAAUAUCUGGUGCUGACGAAGGAUCCCAGCGAGCCCUUCUACCUGGGCAAUGCUAUGAAGUCAGGGGAGCUUGAGUAUGUGGCGUAUGAUAGUGGCAUUGUGCUAAGCUAUGAAGCGCUGAAAAGGCUAGUGCACGUGUUCCAGGAUGAAGACAAAUGUCCAGAGAGAGGACGUGCCCUGUGGAAGCUGAGUGAAGACAAGCAGCUGGCUGUGUGUCUCAAAUAUACAGGCGUGUUCGCAGAGAACGGAGAAGAUGCACACGGAAAGGGCCUGUUCAACAGCAAGAGCGUGGACACCCUGGUAACAGACAGCAUGAAGGACAACCCCACCAAUGUGGUGGAGGGCUGCUGCUCCGACAUGGCGGUCACAUUCAAUGGGAUGUCGCCGAACCAGAUGCAGGUUAUGAUGUUUGGAGUUUACAGACUUCGUCCUUACGGCCACGUUUUUCACGACUCGUUAGUAUUUCACCCUCCUGAAGGUUCAGACAAUGAUUAGGGACUCAUUCCUUCAAGCUGGAUAUGACAUUUUAAAUUUUUGCUUCUGUGGUGGCAAACCUAACUUUGGGAAGAUAGUUUUCUUAUGCUGUUUGUAAAACUGGAUCCUGGGUGGGAGUAACACUUUUAUGUAAUUUGUACAUUUUGCACUUGGCACAAUCAGCACCCCAUUGCUUUGUGGUGUAAGUUAACAGAGUUGAUGGGUGUGCCGUUCUUUGAAGGAAGAUGGAGCUGAGAAAUGAAAUGUGUGACAUGAGACAAGAUAUUUGGAAGUUUUUGUUAUUGUAAUGUUGUUACGAAUCUUAAUUAUUUGUCUUUCUGUGGUCUUAAAGCUGCAUUAGAGUUAUUAGCUUAUACUAUUUCCUGAAAUUGACAUAUUUCUGAAAUUAUUUAACUGUUUAAAGUGCUCGGCCAUCUUUACCACAUAAUGAACAACUUCUUUUUUUAUCUCUGAGAAUACAUCACCCAACUGAUUUAAAGAUUGUAUGGAUGCACCAAUUAUUAGUAACAUAUCAUGACCCAGCCGAGCCUUUAAAUGAAGUGCAUUUUUUUUGUGACAUUAUGCUUGAUUAUCUCCACAUCGGAAGAAUUGGCCUUCACAGCUGAAAAGGAAAAUAAUAUACCUCAGUGCUGACUUAUGAGUAAAGUAUAUUUCUUCUGUCACAUAUUAAAAAGACAAAAAAAGGGACUUUUGGAUAAUUAAAUAAAAUAAUUUUCUGAAUAAACUUACUUUGGUGGUGUUCAAUGAUCUAACAAAGACGGCUCAAAGGUGGGAAUGAGGAUGAAAGUGUGUCAGGGUGAAAAUGAUACAGAAGAGCGCUGGUAGCUUUCCAGGUGUAUACCUUGUCCAGCAUACUUUUAAUUAUUUUUGGUAAGGGGAAAUAUUUGUAGCUAAAGAACUUUGUUAAGCUAAAAACAUUUUUUAUAUAAAACUAAAUGCAUUCUGUCGCAGGCAAACUGUGGCCAUCAUGUCAUAUUCUGUUUUGGUUAUUAGUAACACAGCUGACCACUAUGUUGUUACAUCUUAAAACAUAAUGUCUGUUAAUGUUUGCUGCUGUUGGGUAAGAAAAGAAUAAAAUAUUGUAGCUCUAAUUGAUGCCCUGGUACUGUUGAAAUAUGUUGUGAGACUAAAACAAAUGUUAUUAACAACGGUGAACAUGAGGGACCAAUUGCGUCGCCACACUGAUAUAAAUGGGUUGGACAACAUUUUAGAAACACCUAUACACAGAACCACAAACUACAAGCUGAAUCACACCCCCAGAAAACAACAAAAUCUGAAUCUUUUUCACUGGGUGUAUCUUAUAAAUUGCUUCACCCACUAAGGCGAGGAGCAGAAUAACAGGUCGAACACUGGACAGCAGUCACUCCCUCGGUCAUUAUUUUAAAUAUGCUCACAUGGUGUAUUGACACAGUACCAGUCAAAUGUUUGGACAUGCCUUCUCAGUCAGUGUUUAUUUUAUACAUGGUAGGUGAAUACUGGAGCCAUAACUAUGAACUAAUGUGAAAAUAUGUGUAAACAAACAAACAAGCAAAAAAC